CUCAUCAUGACCCUGCUCAACAUACCCGAGCGCCACAGUGCCACCAAGACCGAGCUCACCUUUCCCGUCGAGUUGCCGCCGCUGGGAUACUCGGCGUACCGCAUUCACGGCGCAAAAGAAAAAAGAAGAGAUGCAUUUCGCUUCAGCCUCCUUGGAAUUUCUGCUGCUGGAGCCCGAGCAGCGAUUCGUCGAAAACGAGCGCUACCGCCUCGAGCUGGACACCACCAGCGGCCUGGUGCGACGCGUGACUCUCCUCGGCCAGGAGAGCGGCGUUUCGCUGCGCCAGUCCUUCUACGCGUACAGCGUCGAGGCCAGGAGGCAGACGGCGGCCACCGCGGGCGGGGCGUACUCCUUCGACCCGGACACCAACAGGCCCCUGGAUCUGGGAAACAAGGUCACCUACCGGGUAGUGCAGGGUCCAUUUGUGACGGAGGUGCACCAGAUUUUCGACCAGUGGUUGUCGCAGGUGAUCCGUCUGUACAAGAACAGCCAAUUCAUUGAGUUCGAGUGGAUUGUCGGACCGCUGCCGAGCGGGGCAAGCACGGACGUGACGACGCGUUACGAGACGUCCUUGGACAACGACGGCGUCUUCUUCACCGAUUCCAACGGAAUGUUCUCCGUCAUGCGAAGAGUGAAUGACUCUCUCGAUCCCAAGUCAGUGGCAUCCAGCUACUAUCCGGUAGUUUCAUGGAUUUACAUUAAGAACCACGCCGAGGAGCUGCAGAUGACGGUGAUUCCGGACCGUCCUCAGGGUGGCACCAGCUUCGCCCAGGGCACCAUUGAGCUUAUGCUACACAGGCGGUAUUUCAUAGACGACGAUCUGGGCGUGGAGGAGCCUUUGAACGAUCGCGGAGUGAACGACGAGGGCAUCAUCGUCAAGGGACGGCACAGGCUGCACCUGGGAACACCCAAGGAGGCAGCUGACCUUAUGCGAAGAGCAGCGCUGCAAGAGGUGUACCGGCCCGUCUACAUGUUCUACCCUUCGCCUCUUCCGGCUAACGCCAGAAAGCAGGCGAGCGACUCUUCACGGCCUCAGCCAUUCCACUGCAGUCGUCGAUGUUCACUAUUCACUACACCGGGCGCAAAGACCUGA